AGAGACAGGCUGCAGCCGCGCGAGCAGCUUCACGCGCCGCCAUGAAGCUCGUCCGCUUCCUCAUGAAGCUCUCCAACGAGACGGUCACCAUCGAGCUCAAAAACGGCACGAUCGUCAGCGGCACAGUGGCGGGCGUCGACGUCUCGAUGAACACGCACUUGAAGCAUGUCAAAAUGACGCUCAAGGGGCGCAACCCGGUGAGCCUGGACACGCUGUCGAUCCGCGGCUCCAACGUGCGCUAUUUCAUCCUUCCCGACUCACUCAACCUCGACACGCUUCUCGUCGACGACACGCCGAAGCUCGUGCAAAAGGGCUGCGGGUCGUGCUGGCGGCGGCAUUCUGAGGGCGGAGGCGGCUUCGCGGGGGGGGGCUUGGAGGCUGGAGGCUUCGGAGGGAGGAGGCCGCUGGCGGCGGUGGUGGUUGGGGCGGUGGUGGCUGGGGCGGUGGCGGCGCUGCGCUGGGGCGCUGGCUGCGAGGGGUUGCUGCGCUCCCGCGCCCUAACCCUUGCCGCCGCUGGUCCGCUGCAGCUGGAGGGUGGCCCUCUGGCUCUGCCCUCUUGGGAUCCCCCAAUCAUGGCUCCUUUUGCGCCGCGCCAGCCACAGCAUGCGGAAGCUGUGGACAGUAGAGAGCGAAUCUCUCGGGUUACGUGUUUUUCAUGCUUGUAGCGAACAAAUCUACACCAUCUU